GGGGGGCAUGGAGAGGGGCUAGGAAAGUUUUGGGAUAAAUCCAAAGUUUGAGAUGUCACUCUAACCUUCUCUUUCAGUAGGAAUCAACAGUAGCCUUCCAUGAGGAACUGCCUCUUCCAUUUGCUGCUGGAGUUGAAGUUGUUUCUCACUGGCAGAAUCAGGGACAUGCCAGCACUAGCGGGAUGAGUGGGUGCUCCGGUGGGGAUGUGGUCAUUGUCGGCCAGUGAGGGCGAGAGCGCCACGGCCCACUUCUUCCUUGGAGCUGGAGAUGAGGGGCUGGGCACCCGUGGAAUAGGCAUGAGGACAGAAGAGAGUGACAGCGAGCUCCUUGAAGAUGAGGAGGAUGAAGUGCCUCCUGAACCACAGAUCAUUGUUGGCAUCUGUGCCAUGACCAAGAAAUCUAAGUCCAAGCCAAUGACCCAAAUCCUAGAGCGACUCUGCCGAUUUGACUACCUGACUGUUAUCAUUCUGGGAGAAGAUGUGAUUCUCAAUGAACCUGUGGAAAACUGGCCAUCCUGCCACUGCCUCAUCUCUUUCCAUUCCAAAGGCUUUCCUCUGGACAAGGCUGUUGCUUACUCCAAGCUUCGAAAUCCCUUUCUUAUCAAUGACUUGGCCAUGCAGUAUUAUAUCCAAGAUAGGAGGGAGGUGUACCGGAUCCUGCAGGAGGAGGGUAUUGAUCUGCCUCGAUAUGCUGUGCUGAACCGUGACCCUGCCCGGCCUGCGGAAUGCAACCUGAUAGAAGGUGAAGACCACGUAGAGGUAAAUGGAGCUGUCUUUCCCAAGCCCUUUGUGGAGAAGCCAGUGAGUGCGGAGGACCACAACGUUUACAUCUACUACCCUAGCUCAGCUGGUGGAGGAAGCCAGCGCCUCUUCCGUAAGAUUGGCAGCCGAAGCAGCGUUUACUCUCCUGAGAGCAGUGUCCGGAAGACGGGGUCAUACAUCUACGAAGAGUUCAUGCCAACGGAUGGCACAGAUGUCAAGGUGUACACAGUGGGGCCAGAUUAUGCCCAUGCUGAAGCCAGAAAAUCUCCAGCUUUGGAUGGGAAGGUCGAACGAGACAGUGAGGGCAAAGAAAUUCGGUAUCCAGUCAUGCUGACCGCCAUGGAAAAGCUGGUGGCCAGAAAAGUCUGCGUAGCUUUUAAGCAAACCGUUUGUGGAUUUGACCUUCUUCGUGCCAAUGGUCACUCCUUUGUGUGUGAUGUCAAUGGCUUCAGUUUUGUCAAGAACUCAAUGAAAUACUAUGAUGACUGUGCCAAGAUUCUGGGGAACACCAUAAUGCGGGAACUUGCCCCACAGUUCCAGAUCCCGUGGUCCAUCCCAACAGAGGCUGAGGACAUUCCCAUUGUUCCUACCACAUCUGGCACAAUGAUGGAGCUCCGUUGUGUCAUUGCAAUUAUCCGUCAUGGGGAUCGUACCCCGAAACAGAAGAUGAAGAUGGAAGUGACACACCCCAGAUUUUUUACUGUAUUUGAAAAACAUGGUGGCUACAAGACAGGGAAAUUAAAGUUAAAGCGACCUGAGCAGCUACAGGAGGUGCUGGACAUCACAAGGCUUCUGCUGGCUGAGCUGGAGAAAGAGCCAGCUGGUGAGAUCGAGGAGAAGACUGGGAAACUAGAGCAGCUGAAGUCUGUGCUGGAGAUGUAUGGUCACUUCUCAGGCAUCAACCGGAAGGUGCAGUUGACUUACUACCCUCAUGGAGUAAAAGCUUCUAAUGAGGGGCAAGAUCCGCAGAGGGAGGCUCUGACCCCAUCUCUACUGCUGGUACUGAAGUGGGGUGGAGAACUGACUCCUGCUGGCCGUGUUCAGGCUGAGGAGCUGGGGCGAGCUUUCCGCUGCAUGUACCCCGGAGGACAGGGUGACUAUGCUGGCUUCCCUGGUUGUGGGCUGCUUCGUCUCCAUAGCACCUUCCGCCAUGACCUCAAGAUCUAUGCCUCUGAUGAGGGCCGUGUCCAGAUGACUGCCGCUGCCUUUGCUAAGGGCCUUCUGGCUCUAGAAGGGGAGCUGACACCCAUUCUGGUCCAAAUGGUGAAGAGUGCCAACAUGAACGGGCUCCUGGACAGCGAUGGUGACUCCUUGAGCAGCUGCCAGCACCGGGUGAAGGCUCGUCUGCACCACAUUUUGCAGCAGGAUGCGCCUUUUGGCCCUGAAGACUAUGAUCAGCUGGCUCCCACUGGAAGUGCUUCCCUGCUCAACUCCAUGGCUAUCAUCCAGAAUCCUGUGAAGAUCUGUGAUCAGGUAUUUGCCCUGAUUGAAAACCUCACCCGCCAGAUCCAGGAACGGAUGCAGGACCCCAAGUCUGUAGACCUGCAACUCUACCACAGUGAGACACUAGAGCUCAUGCUACAGCGCUGGAGCAAGCUGGAGCGUGACUUUCGACAGAAAAGUGGGCGCUAUGACAUCAGUAAGAUCCCCGAUAUAUAUGACUGUGUCAAGUAUGAUGUGCAGCACAAUGGGAGUCUGGGACUUGAAGGCACAGCAGAGUUGCUCCGUCUCUCUAAGGCACUGGCCGAUGUGGUCAUUCCCCAGGAGUACGGAAUCAGUCGAGAGGAGAAACUGGAAAUUGCUGUCGGCUUCUGUCUUCCACUAUUGCGGAAGAUACUGCUUGACCUGCAGAGAACCCACGAGGAUGAGUCUGUCAACAAGCUGCAUCCUCUGUACUCCCGAGGAGUGCUCUCCCCAGGCCGCCAUGUUCGAACACGUCUCUAUUUCACCAGUGAGAGCCACGUCCACUCCCUACUGAGUGUCUUCCGUUAUGGAGGACUUCUUGAUGAGACCCAGGAUGCACAAUGGCAGCGCGCUUUGGCUUAUCUUAGUGCCAUCUCUGAGCUCAAUUACAUGACCCAGAUUGUCAUCAUGCUUUAUGAGGACAACACACGGGAUCCCUUAUCAGAGGAGCGCUUCCAUGUGGAGCUGCACUUCAGCCCUGGAGUGAAAGGUGUUGAGGAAGAAGGCAGUGCCCCAACUGGCUGUGGAUUCCGUCCGGCCUCUUCUGAGAAUGAAGAGAUGAAGACAGACCAAGGCAGCAUAGAGAACCUGUGUCCCAGGAAGGCAUCAGAUGAGCCAGACCGGGCACUGCAGACUUCAGCCCAGCCCUCUGAGGGCCCUGGCCUCCCGAGGAGAUCGCCUCUCAUUCGCAACCGAAAAGCUGGCUCCAUGGAGGUCAUGAACAUGCAGUGUACGGGGAGCCUGGACCUGAUCCCCUUGCGGGGACGGCGCCGCCGGAGGUCAGGAGACCUCCCCCGGCCUUCCCCAGCCAUCGGCCUACAGCCCCGGGCUGUGUCCACCACUCACCUGGCGUCCUGCACACAGGUGCUUUCUGAGACUUCAUCCUCAAGGCCUGGUGGCUAUCGGCUCUUUUCAUCUUCCCGGCCACCAACGGAGAUGAAGCAGAGUGGCCUAGGCUCACAGUGCACAGGGCUGUUCAGCACCACAGUGCUGGGUGGCUCCUCCAGCGCCCCGAAUCUACAGGACUACGCCCGCAGCCAUGGCAAAAAGCUACCACCUGCCAGUCUGAAGCACCGAGAUGAGCUCUUGUUUGUCCCGGCCGUAAAACGAUUUUCUGUGUCGUUUGCAAAGCAUCCGACUAACGGAUUUGAAGGAUGCUCCAUGGUGCCUACCAUCUACCCGCUGGAAACACUGCAUAAUGCCCUUUCUCUGCGUCAAGUGAGUGAAUUCUUGAGUAGAGUCUGCCAACGCCAUACCGAUGCCCAGGCCCAGGCAUCUGCAGCCCUCUUUGACUCUAUGCACAGCAACCAGGCCUCAAAUAACCCAUUUUCCCCACCCCGUACUCUUCAUUCACCUCCCCUGCAACUCCGGCAGCGCUCUGAGAAGCCUCCUUGGUACAGCAGUGGCCCUUCCAGCACUGUGUCCAGUGCUGGUCCUUCUUCCCCCACUGCAGUGGAUGGUAACACCCAUUUUGGCUUCAGUGAUCAAUCUUCCCUAAGUUCACAUGUGACUGAAGAACGUCAAGGCCUUGGGCAGCGUCAGGAGACUCCUGGGAAUGGAGCACAAGAGCCUAUAGAAGGGGAGAAAGAAACUUUUGAACGAAAUCAGUCCCCACAGGAGCCACCUGUGGAGACCAGCCAGCCAUGCCAGGAUGUCCCUGAGGAGGUCAGCCACCCAUGCCAGGAGUUCAUUAAGGAAUUCAGCCAGCCGUGCCGGGACAUCCCCGAGGAAGUCAGCCAGCCAUGCUGGGAGAUGUCUCAGAUCAGCCAGCCAUGCCAGGAGGUCCCUGGUAAUAGCCAGCUGUGCUGGGAAACCCCUCAGAAUGUCAGCCAGCCACGCCAGGAGAACCAUAACAAUGUUAACCAGACAUGCCAGGAGGUCCCUGAGAUCAGUCUGCCAUGCCAGAAGGCCAGCCAAGUCUCUGAGGAAGUCUGUCAGCUUUGCCAAGAGAACUCUGAGGAGGUCAACCAGCCAUGCCAGGGGGGCCCUGUGGAGGUUGAUGGUCUGGUCCAGGAAAUUCUUGUGGAAGUUGGCCGACCAGCCCAAGAGGUCCCCGAGGAGGUCAUCCAGCCAUGCCAGGAGUUCUCUGUGGAGGUUGGCAGGCUGGCCCAUGAGUCUCCUGUAAUCAAUCUGUUGUCUCAGGACAUCGCUGAGGUUGAUAAACCAUCCCAAGUGUUCCCUGGGGAUGAUGAUAUGCAGGCCCAGGAGGUCCCUGAGGAGGUUAAUCAGGAGUUCUGGGUGGUCCCUGAGGUGACUGACCAGCUGCCUGGAGAGGAUGUUCCCCAAGCCCAGUAUCCAUCCAGUGAUCCAAAUCCUCAGAGCCAGUCUCUAGCCCAUGACCAGCACUCACCCCUUCCACCAGCAACAUGUGAUUAUUCACUUUCUCAUUAGUGGUGUCACACUAUACCAGCCAUUCGAGCCAGCAACUUUUUCUGUUGGCUAACUCACUUGCCAGCCUAAGGCCUUGGCUCUCCAGAGGUGUCUGAGGAAGCAGCCCCUCUUCUCGGCAUGAAGCAUACCUGUGCCAGAGCUGGGUUUGGGGAGGAGCCAGUUUUAUGUUCAAAGCAGCCAUUGGCUCUCUGCCUAGCCAUUAGACUUGAAUAGAAUUUCCUUGGGGGUGGGCUGAUUUAUCAUUACCCAGCCCGCUGUGAACAUCCCAGGAAAUCCCAGAUUGUUAAAGGAAAUGCCACUUAACUGCUGAAGACACGAUCUUUUUCUGGGGAAAUAUUCAAGAUUUCUCAAGGUACCCUUAGACCAUAUGUGCAUUCAGGGAGACUCUUGUCUUUGCUCCUCAGGUGGGCCCUGGAUGGUCAUCUGAAAUGUCUGGGAAAAAAGAGAGUCCCCUUCCCAAACAAACAUCCAUCAGGGCCACUGAUCUCUAGACUGGGCUUAUGGUUGUUUCCAUACCAUCCCCAAGUGCUCCCUCUACAUAGUCCUGUUCCUCUGGGCAUUAGCUCUAGGGAAAAAUAGGUAUUAGAUUGCUGUACAAACUUCAGAAUAACUACUUAGAAUGCUCUAGGGGGUUCUUGGCCAAUCUGUAAAGCUGGGUCUCCCUUUGUUGUGGGGCUAUUUGACUUAGGAAAUGCUGUAGUAAAGAAUUAAGUUCUAUUUUAAGCAAUGAGCAGAGAGAUCAAUAUUGUACAGAUACAAGCGAAGAUUUAAUAUAUAUAUAUAUAUAUAUAUAUAUAUAUAUAUAUAUAUAUAU